AUGUCGUCCACAGGCGUCAACAGACCAACUAAUGUCAAGGCCAAGGAGGAGGAUGUCAACAGAAAGCUCCAGCUGUAUGGCAUUGCUACCGCCUUCCAAAAUGGCAAAGUUCCAUCCAAUGAGCAGAUCGAUAUCGCUCUCAACAGCUUCCUAAAGUCCCGCCCGAUGGCCAACCCUUCUAAGAAGCUAUCUUCCGAGGGACGCGCCUUGGUUGCUGACUUCCGCGAUGUUGUGGAGCAGGCCAAAUAUAUGAUUCUCACCAAGAACGAGGGCAAUGUUCUCCAGGAUUUCAUCUGGGAGUCUCAGAAGAUCAGCGGUGGAAAUGCUAAGCUUCCAGGUGCUCCAGUCGACAAGGAUACUGCCAAGCAACAUGGAAACGAGGCAUUGGAGGGUCUCCGAACUCUCGGCACGUUGAUUAUCUCCAAUGGUCAAUUCCGCAAGCUUUUGAACGAUGCCACAAUUCUCAUUCGCGACAUUGCUGGUGACGCAGCUUCGAAUGCGGCCAACAAGAUCAAUCCUAACGAGGACGAUCUUGCUCAAAUCGACAAGCCAGCCGAUGAUAAUACCUGGCACGAUGUCCCCGACAUGUCUGCUGGCAAUAUCAAGAAGCAGGUCAAGUCUACAUACAGCAAGCAAACUCCUCUCCACCAAGAGGAUUUAAAGGCCGCUGCUGGUGAUGCGAGCCAAGCUGCUCACCCAGAUGGCUCGCGUGACCCAGCCGACACUGCUGCUCUUGCUCAACGCGAUCAGGAACAAGGUACCAACUCUGGAGUUGAUGCCGGUGCUGGUCUCCAGAAUGCUGCUUCCACUCUCAAGCAACGUGCGUCUGAGAACGUGCCUGAGGAGACCAAGGAGAAGGGUCGCAAGACUCGUGAGCAAACCAAGAACUACCUCAGCAAGAAGAUGCCACAAGAACGCCGCGAGCAGACUAUCUGGCGCCUAAAGAAGCUCGUGGUUGAAUGCCAAGGUCACCCAGACUACAUGCAAGCUAUCGAGACUCUUCUCAAUCUCGCCGAGACUUAUGCUGGUCACGCCACUACUCUCGGUAACCAGGCCACUGGCACCGUCAAGGGUGCUCACGGUGACGAUUCCUUGAAGAAGGCCGAAGCCGACCUACUCCUUUUGAUCCAACGAUGGACAAACGGUACCUCAACCGAUGACCUCUUCGAGUCCAUCAACAACAUCUAUCGUGAUGCCGAUAAGGACCCUGAACUUAAAUCCUGGUUCAAGAACAUCAACGCAUAUGUCCGAAAGUGCCUCAAGCAACAAGGAUUCGUCUUGGAAGAUGCUGCUACCGAAGAAUGGAAUGCCCUUUACGACCGUGGCAACUUCCUUCUCAGAGAUCGUUACCGCAACCACACCGAUCGUGUUGUCGAUGAGGUCAAGUUCUUGGCUGAUCAAUUCGACAAGGACCCUGUCAACAAGCGUUUCGCCGAGUCGAUUCAGAAGCUCUUCAAUGACUUAGGUAACGAUGAGAACGGCAAGCCAACUUUCAAGCCUCAUUUGGUCAAGGAUCUUACCGACGUCAUCAUUCCUGGUAUCUUCGAGUCUGUUCGUUAUGUGCCUAUUCCCAGAAUCGAGUACUCUGACCCUACUAUGGAUGCUGUUAUCGAGAACUUGGUCAUUGAGAGUGACAACUUGAUGCCAAAUGUCCUCGAGAUUGCCAAUGACAAUUACAUCAGAUGGGGCCGAAAGAAGGUUGCUAACAAGAGCGCCCACAGCAUCAUGCUCUCCAUCGCUGGUGUCCAGAUGGAUCUCCGUGAUGUGUCUUUCCACAUCAAGAAGAAGCAGGGUUUCCCAUCCAUCACCGACACUGGUGUUGCCGAUAUCUUCCUUGGCGGAAGUGGACUCAGCUUCAAGAUGAAGAUGUCCACUGCAGAGAAGAAGGAUCGUCAGAACUUCUUCAAGGUUGACAAGGUCGAUGUUGAUGUCAAGAACUUCAAUAUCAAGUUGAAGCAAUCCAAGCACAAGGUCUUGUUCGCUAUUGUUAAGCCAAUGAUGCUUAAGGUUAUGCGCCCAGCUCUCCAGAAGGCUUUGGAGAAGGUUAUCAAGGACAAGUUCAAUGAGUUUGAUGCUCUGGCAUACAAGGUCAAGCUUGAGGCUGAUCGUGCGAUUGAGGAGGCCAAGGAGAAUCCAGAAAAUGCCCCCAACAUCUACCAACGUUAUGUCAAUGCCCUGCAGAAGCAACUUUUGCAUGGAAAGCAAAAGGCGGAGGCUGUCGCCGCCGACAAGAAGGUCAACGUCGCCAUGACUCAACACGACUCCAUAUUCCCCAACAUCAAGUUGCCCGGAGGUAUCUCUUCCAAGGCUACAGAGUACAAGGAGCUUGGCCAGAAGGGAGAGACAUGGCAUUCACCCAUCUUCAAGUUGGGCUCUGCUUCCCCAUCCAGCGAUAUUCCAAAGGCUCCAAGCGUCACUCGCAAGGAUCACUCUGUCACCACAGGUGGUGUUCGUGGACCUCAAAACGUUGGCAACACUGACUCCAUGACCAACAAGCUCAACGAUCCAUCUGCUCAAGCUGCUGGAACCACCUCCGGCACCUCUUUCGGAAACCAAGUUGACCAGGCACUCAAUCCUUCUGCUAAUGGUAACGGCAUCAACAGCUCCGCAACCAACGGUAACGGCUAUACCAAUGGGAAGGUCGCCAACGGCAACACCACCCUUGGCUCCAACAACCCAGUGUUGACUGGAAGCGUCUAA